CCACAAACCAAUGCAAGCUCUCUUCGAAGCGCUGACUCUACCGCUGACUCUGCCGGCAUGUCCUCGAGAUGUGUGUUACCAUUGCUUCCAAACUUGCAUCCUCACCUCGUCAAGUCAAUAUCACGGUGGGUAGCGGGGUGAAUCAAUUCCUCCACGCGCGGCCUCAAUCUUCGUCACCUCGUCUGCUACUGCGUACUGUUCACUGUUUUGAAUGCAGCUCUAUAUCGCCUUCCUUCGCCUCCCUCCUCCCUCUCAUUGCUGUCCCAGAGGCAUAAGGUCCUUCGGUUCGCGUUCAUUACAUUCGCUUUUCAGUCAUUCUCCCCGAGAAAGCAGGCUUUCUCUGUUGUAACAAUACAAAAUCAGCGUUUCUCACCCACGAGCCAUUGACUGGCCGGCCCAUUGCGACCACUUCCACAGGAACUCAGAUCCAAUAGACUUGGCCCUCUCGACCACCAAGCCUCGGUGCGACCAUACACUCGGCCGCAUCCUGAAUAUCGAUCAGCUGGCUGACUCUCGCUCAUACAACCUCCUCACAAUCCACACGCUUCCGGCAUUUCAUGCGACAUGCCUACAAUAGCGACUGAAGCUCUAGCGCAGUUGGCGAAAAGAGAAGACGACGCAUGGCAGUCGAUAGCAGAAGACUUGGUCAAGAGAGUCAACAUUCCGAUCAACAGUUCGACACCACCUGCACUGGUGGCUGCCAUUCAAGAGGACCCGUUCAAGAAUGCUGCAAAGUAUGGCUUACUGUUUGUCUAUAUCGGGAUCAUUCUCUUACUCAGUGCGACAUUGAUGCGACUAUACUACUACUGGGGUGACAAGAUCCGGACGGCGCUGUACAAGGAAGAAGUCAUCAACUCUGCCAUCUCCGCAUCUGCGACGAGUCCCAUGAACUUCUCGCCAAUGCAUGGCUAUGCCGAUUAUGAACUACCGAGUGCCAUAAGUGCACAAACAGACGGCUCAACGAGGCACUUCUUUCCAAGCAAAGGUCCGCUCAUCCCAGAGAAACCCAGACAACAAGCAGCUGUUUCCGCCAUUGCACCGUUGAACAACACGAUUGCUCUCUGUAGAUGGAUCUUCUACCGGCCCAUUCCGGCGUUGAAUGUUGGCAAGCACAGAUUUACCUUUCCAUCUUUGAGUGUCCUUGUGAUCGUGACAAUCUCGUUGCUGGCUUCGAUGCUCUACUGCUUCCUCCCUCGGCCGUUGUUCUAUGCCUCGAUGUCCUACGGUUCACCACCUAUGGCGGUCCGAGCGGGCAUGAUGUCGGUGUCUCUGAUACCCUGGUGUGUCGUACUGGCAACAAAGACGAACCCAGUUUCAUUCAUGACCGGCAUCGGUCAUGAUCGACUCAUCGUCCUGCAUCGCUGGGUCGCCUAUCUUUGUAUCAUCUUCGCCAUCAUCCACGCCGUCCCUUACUGGUAUCAGUCCGUCAAUGACCCAGAUGGAUUUGCAACAUUCAAGCUCUACUUCAACCAGCAGUAUUAUAUCUUCACCACGGGAAUUGCAGCCAUCGCCCCGCUCAUAUUCCUCGCACUGCACUCUCUACCAAUCUUCCGAGCCAAGAUGUACGAGUUGUUCGUCAUCCUGCAUAUCCCCGUAGCCUGGGCUUUCAUUGGACUCCUGUUCUGGCAUUGCAACAACUACCUCCGAUCUUGGGCCUACCUCUACUCAACAAUUGCAUUGAUGAUCGCGUCCUUGUUGGCUCGACUAUUCUUCCUCAACUGGAUGAACCCAUUUCGGUCCUCUUGGCUCAUUGGUGAAGAAUCCGCUGUGACAAUCUUACCUGAAAACGCCGUCAAAGUCACCAUUCCCACGCAAAAGCGAUGGCGUCCCGGCCAAUACGCAUACCUGAGAAUGCCUGGCGUCUCUAUCCUGGAAAAUCACCCAUUCACAAUCGCAUCCCUCUGCAGCGAAGAUUUCCCUUCCCAAUACGGAGAACAAUACCGCGACAUGACACUAGUGUUCAGACCCUUCUCUGGUUUUACUCGCAAAGUCCUCGACACCGCCGUCAAGAAGGGACCAUACAAGACAUACAGGGCGUUCGUCGACGGACCCUAUGGGGGCAUGCAACGCCAAAUGGCAUCUUUCGACCAGGUCGUCUUCUUCGCCGGCGGAAGCGGCAUCACCGCCAUCGCCAGUCAGCUCCUCGACCUGAUCAAACGCAUGCGCGACGGCAAGGCAACGACGUCCAAGGUCAACGUCAUCUGGGCCAUGAAGCGGCCCGACAUCAUGGAAUGGUUCAAGGAGGAACUCCGCAUCUGCCGAGAAUGCGCGCCUCCCGGUUCCGUCCAGUGCCACUUCUACAUCACCGCGGCCAAGCGGAACGACCCUGGCCUCCCGGAGAUCAAGGAGCACCGUCUCAGUGGCAUAAGAGACAAGAUCUCCGACGCCAUCCACAACGCCGGGAGCAAGCGCAACUCGGCCAUGAUGAUGGACGCCGAACCCGAACUCAAGAAGGAGUUUGAGGAUCAGAUCACCGCCCUCCCGCAAGCCUACCUCACCGCUCCACGACACUUGUCACCAGGUGGGGUGGAGCAGCAACAGCAACAACAGCAACAACCACACCAGACAUAUUUCCCUCCUCCCCCCAAAGAGGCACGCAUGUCCACCAUCUCCCAAGCGCAGAUCGAAGCCACGCGCACCUUUGACUUUGGGUUUCCCCAGACGCCCACAAAGUUCCAAAAGAACCUCAUGAGGUUUGCCUUUUUGCCGACCGGCGUCUCCAACCGCCGCGACGGCUGGCGCACCGAGUACGGCCGCCCGGACAUCCCGUACAUGCUCAAAGGUCUGAGCAAGGACUUUGGACGCCGGACGUGCGUGUACGUGUGCGGACCUCCCGAGAUGAGGACCGACGUGGCCAACACGGUCGCCCGACUACAGCGAGACGUCUGGAACGACAGCGGCAAGGACGAGAUAUUCCUCCACGCCGAGAACUAUGCUCUCUGAGAGAACACACCGCUGUCUCUCUCUCUCUCCAGGAUUUGGUCCGUCGUCGUUCAGUAUCGUACAGUUGUGCCGUAUGUCGUUUGUUCCUCUCUUUCUCUCUUCCCGGUGUGUACAAGUGUGUGCAAAGCGUGGAGUUGGCAGAACCGGGGAAAUCUUAAUACUAUAUCUACCAAACCCUCGACAACUCACAUAAAAAUUUAUUACCAGGGUCAUGAUGAGUACGGCGUGGACCGUGACGGUGACGACGAGGUGUUCGAUGGGGAGGAUGAUGACGAGGACCUUUUCUCUCCGGGUUUCGGGAUAUUUUCAUAUGACUCUCCAAGGGGAGGGCACAAGUCGCCCGCCCCCUUUAUGCACGCACGAUACCCCCUCCUUGUUUCAAUCCAAGACUUUUUUUUUUCUUUGUUUCCAUACUGAACACCGACGUCUCCUUUUCUUCUUCAUGGCAGCCUCGAUCGUCGGUCGAGUGGUACCAUCAACUUUUCACGUUAGUGGUGAUGGCGGAGGGAGUGUGGGAGAGAAAAGACACGACAAAUAGCUCUAGCUAAAGCUCAAGAUUAAGAUCAAGCUCAUGGCUUCUUUGUAGGGCUACGAGUACAUAGCUUGCUUAGGAACAAGUCAAUGAGAGAUGUGUGAUGAUGAGA